ACGCGGCAUGGCACAUGUUGAAAACAAAUGAAAAGCGUGCAACAAGCCCGUUCCAACAUGAAGUCGUCCAUAGCAUUCCUGGCCGCACUUCUGAUUGGUUGCCAUGGCGACCAGACCAACGUGAAGUUAGACGGAGAUGCCCACCUCAGCAGCUUCCUGGCAAACUUGUGGUUGGAUGGAGCCGAUGUGAUAAGGAUAUUGUGGAGGGACUGCUCCAAAAAGCUGAUCGACGUGAAAGACGUGAUCGACCACAAGGAGUACUUCCCCAAGUUCGUGCGCUGCAUGAAGCGCAAGACUCUGCGCGCGCUGGACCGCUCGCUCGGCACCGACGUGGUGCCGCUGGCCGAGGGCGUCAACCUGGUGCGCUUCGAGAUGGUCGACAAGUCGGGCAACGUGGUCGGAGAGAAUGAGACGAGCUCGUGGUCUGAGAAGGAGCUGGAAGAGGGCGAGUGGCGCUCACUGGCGCUGCAGCGGAUGGCCAAGGUAUUGCGCACGCACGUCAUCAAGUUCGACUUCGACCAGACCGGGAAGACUGCUGAGACAGUGGAGUACCGCGGCCGCCGCCGCCACCAGAUGAUGACGAUGAUGAUGUUCGGCAUCGUGUCCAUCGGCAUGGUUCUCAUCCCCAUGGGCUUCCAGUUCCUGGCCGUGCUCGGCGGCAAGGCACUGCUUCUGGCCAAGAUGGCGCUCAUACUCGCCUCCAUUCAGGGACUCAAAAAGAUUGCUACAGCUCCGGUGAACUACGGCUUCUACCACUCCUACCCGUACGACCACUUCGAGCAGCGCAGCCUGAAGGAUUGGCCCCAACUCUCCACCCCAGCCGCCACCACCCUCUCCAUGGCCAAGCUUUGGUCCAACAUGGACCCAAACGCCAAACAGGACAAAUCUAGCGAAAAACUAGAAUCAAAACAUCGACUACAAGUGACCUGGAGACCAGAGCUCCCGAAGCCUGUCAAGAAAGAGUCAGAACCCAGAAUCUAUCCUGUUUAUGAACCCGACGCAUCACCUCCAUUCUUCACUUCAAUGGAUGCCCCUCUGCCAUUGGCUGAUCUGACGACAAGGCCGGGAGACGUGCAAGCUGACUACUCCAUAGAUCUUCCGUACAAUGGGUUUCGCUUUCAAAGUCCCACUCCUGUCGUUUCAGCUUGAAGUCUUCGUCAGCCUAUUUCGUUCGUUGUUUGAGGUGAUGCGUGGCAUUUUCUCCUAUUUCGCCCAAGUGAUGUAUCCGCAAAGACAUGUUUAUUAUAGUCCUUACUACCCGUACUGAUUUAUUUAUUUUUGUAAUGUAGUUAUGAUGUAGUUAAUUAGUGUUG